AUGGAUUUAAUAAACUCAACUGAUCAAAACAGUACAUCAGAACCGUUCAAAUGGGUGACAUCCAAGAUUCUCAUUUCCAUUACCCUGUCUGUGCUUGCUCUGAUGACAACGGCCAUCAAUUCUCUGGUGAUGACUGCAAUAAUUGUGACAAGGAAGCUCCACCACCCGGCCAACUAUCUAAUCUGCUCUCUUGCAGUGACAGAUUUCCUCGUGGCAGUCCUGGUGAUGCCCUUCAGCAUUGUCUACAUUGUAAAGGAGACCUGGAUCAUGGGGCAGGUGGUGUGUGACAUUUGGCUGAGCGUGGACAUCACGUGCUGCACGUGUUCCAUCCUGCAUCUCUCUGCCAUUGCUCUGGACCGGUACAGAGCGAUCACGGAUGCCGUGGAAUACGCACGGAAAAGGACACCUAAGCACGCUGCCAUCAUGAUAGCAGUGGUGUGGAUCAUAUCCAUCUUUAUCUCCAUGCCGCCCUUGUUUUGGCGGCACCAGACGGCCAGCAGGGACGACGAGUGCAUCAUCAAGCACGACCACAUAGUCUCCACCAUUUACUCCACGUUUGGCGCCUUCUAUAUCCCUCUGGCCUUGAUUCUGAUCCUCUAUUACAAGAUAUACAAGGCGGCAAAGACAUUUCACAGGAGGAGCGUCAGCCGGAUCGUGAGGGAGGAGGGGGUGAACGGACAAGUCCUUUUGGACGCGGGUGAAAGAAGCACCAAAUCAGCUUCAAUGCCCAGCACGGCAGAGAAGACAUCAGAUCCCCUGGUGAACUCUGAUAAAAUCAACGUCACCCUGCGCAGCCCCAGGUCUGAAUCUAAGCACGAGAAGUCCUGGAAAAAACAGAGAAUCUCUAGCACAAGGGAGCGAAAGGCAGCAACUACGCUGGGUCUGAUCCUGGGGGCGUUUGUAAUCUGCUGGCUCCCUUUUUUUGUAAAAGAGGUAGUUGUUAAUACCUGUGAAAGAUGUCACAUCUCAGAAGACAUGUCUAAUUUCCUAGCAUGGCUGGGAUAUAUAAAUUCCCUUAUUAACCCUUUAAUCUACACAAUCUUUAAUGAAGAUUUCAAGAAAGCCUUCCAGAAGCUUGUGCGGUGUAGGCAAUACUUUUAA